AUGGCGUCAAGAGGGGAAAAGGCUUGCAUGAUGUACACAUAUGAUUGCAAAUUUCUUAUGUUUUCUACUUGUACAAUCACUAAAGCUGGCAUUGGAGGACCCCUUCUUGAUUUUGAUGGAAAUAUUGUUGGCAUGAACUUCUACGACAAGUACGCAGGUGGAACCCCGUACCUACCGUGGGACGUGAUCCUCGAUGUCCUGGGACAUUUUAGGAAGAAAAGGACCGUUGAUGAAGCUGGCCUUGAUGAUUAUGCAUCUAAUAAGCUUGACUGGACUAUUGCUGGUGAUCGCAGUGUCAUGCUUAAUAGUGUGGCCAUAUUGUUGAACUACAGAUGGCCUGUGCCCUUGCCGACUUGGUAUCGUCCUGAUGAUCUGAAAAGGCAUGACUACAAAAUGGAACUAAAAAAUAUAAAAAAAGCUAGAGUUAAAGUGGCAACUGGCAAUCUUGCGCAGGAAGGUCGGACAACCUUCCGCAGGAAGAAGCUUGGAACUUGGAGGCACCUCCACUCUCCCCCAGUCCCAUAUAAAUGGCCAAAUGGGUGUUUGCCCAGAGCAUCACCUGGCAUUCCAAAUUUCCAAUUUCAAACACGAGAGCAGUCAAGACUGUCAAGCAAGCACACAAACACCCACCCAAUCGUCAGGAGAACUGGAGAAGCAGACCAUAUGGGACUCUCCUGCAUGCCAUCGCUCGCAAAGGUGCUCCCCAAGAAGCCAUCCUCACCGUCGUCUUCCGUCAAAGACUCCCACGACGAUAUCACCAAGAAGCAGCAGCAGCAGCAUAAGGAGCAAGGAGUGAAGCAGGAUGAGGGGAAAAAGAGGAAGAAAGAGCAGAGGAGCAAUCCUGACAGGGCCGCCUCCACCACUCCCUACUUCCCCUUCCAUUCUAGGCCAGGACUCCUCUAG